CAUAUACUUCAGUCAUUGUUCAGAAUAUUUGAUUAAAUAGGUUUUAUUCCGGUUACUUGCUCAAUACCGUAAAUGUCAGCAUAAACGUGCACUAAAAUUCAAGUGUCGGCUCAGUUGACCACGGAUAUCCGAGUGUCGGCUGAGUUGACCGCAGUGUGAAAUUCACAGAAGUCAUCCAAACACCGGCUACAAGCUAAUGCGUGGUCACCUGAAUGCAAGAGGUGUGCGUGUUCCAAUCUCAAGACUGCAAGAGUCUUUACGCAGAGUAGAUGCAGAGGGAGUCCACAUGAGACGUCUGAGGCUGCGUGUAUUAAGGCGACGGCAGUAUUUUGUUCCUGGCCCAAACUCUUUGUGGCAUAUAGAUGGCCACCAUAAGCUCAUCAGGUGGAGAUUUGUUGUCCACGGUGGGGUGGAUGGAUUCAGUCGUUUAGUGGUCUACCUGACUGUGGCUGGCAAUAACAGAGCUCAUACGGUCUUACAGAGCUUUAUCGCCGCUGUUGAGCAGUAUGGGCUGCCAUCAAGGGUACGGUCUGAUAAAGGGGGGGAGAAUGCAGAUGUAGCAGAAUUCAUGAUCAGAAGCAGAGGUACCGACAGGAAUUCACACAUCACAGGCAGAAGUGUCCACAAUCAGCGAAUAGAGAGGAUGUGGAGAGAUGUUUAUGAACAUGCCCUGGACCUCUUCUAUCAGAUCUUUACUUCAUUGGAAGAUCAGGGAACACUGAAUCCAGACAAUGAAGUCCAUCUUUUCGCUCUGCACCGGAUUUUCCUUCCACUGGUCCAGCAAAGCCUAGACUCUUUUCGCGACGCUUGGAACUUUCACGGUCUGAGAACUGAAAGGAAUCAGUCACCACAGCAACUCUGGAGAAGAUAGAGAGCAAGGCCCUGAGGAGGAUCCUACUGAGAUUUCUGAAGAGUAUGGGAUCGACUGGAACGGACCUCACGGCCUUCAUGGAGGCACUGUAUCAGUCCCUGAGGUUCAGCUGGCCCGUGAGCUCUCAGAUGAAGAGGUUGCAAUUUUGCCAGCUCCAGGA